AUGGAAGUAUAUGUUGACGACAUGUUGGUGAAAAGCGUGUUACAAGAAGAUCAUGUAGAAGACCUGCAGGAGACGUUCAGAACUCUGAAGAAGUAUGGGAUGAGAUUGAAUCCCGCGAAGUGUGCGUUUGGAGUGGCCUCUGAAUGCGAGGAAGCUUUUGAACAACUGAAGAAGUACCUGACAAGUGCACCUUUAUUAAGCAGAACUGUUCCAGGAGAGGCAUUGUAUCUAUACUUGGUUGUCUCCUCAACAGCUGUUAGUGUUGCCCUUGUCCGAGAGGAAGACGGGGUUCAGAAACCAGUUUAUUUUGUCAGCAGAGCAUUGAGGGGAGCAGAAGAGAGAUACCCUCAAAUGGAAAAGUUAGCAUUUGCCCUAACUAUUGCUUCUAGGAAGCUACGCCUAUAUUUCCAAGCUCAUACUAUACGAGUCUUGACCGAGUAUCCAUUGAAGAAAAUACUCAGAAAGUUAGAUCUGCCUGGCCGACUAGCUAACUGGGCAAUCAAACUCGGCGAAUUUGAUAUUGAAUUCCUACCAAGAAAUGCUAUCAAGGGACAGGUGUUGGCCGAUUUCUUGGCAGAAUUCACCAACCUGCCUAUGACCCAAGAAUGGCAAAAAGACGAGACGUGGGUAGUCUACGUAGAUGGAUCCUCUACAAGGAAGAACGGUGGAGCCUGUGUUGUAUUAAUCACACCAGAUGGAGAAGAAUUAUACAGUUCCCUGAAAUUGGCAUUCAAAACCACCAAUAACGAGGCCGAGUAUGAAGCAGUUUUAGCAGGACUCGGUUUAGCCCGAGAGCUGGGAGCCGAGUUCGUUGAACUACAAAGCGACUCACAGGUGAUCGUUGGGCAUAUCCGAGGAGAGUUUGAAGCCAGAGGAAGGAAAAUGAAGCAAUAUUUGUCAAAAGUACAGACGUUACAAAAUGCAUUCAAGAAAUUCUGUAUUAUGAAGAUCCUAAGGGAAGAGAAUGAAAGAGCUGACCAAUUAGACCGAAUGGCGUCGACAACAACUAGCAACACUGAAGAGCCAAUUCAGACCUUAGCAAGACCUGUCGUAACCGAUAUGGUCUCGGUCUCGGUUACCGAAACCGUACCAGAAUGGCAGAGGAGCAUAAGGGAGUAUUUGGAACAAGGAGUUCCCCCGUUAGAUAAGAAAUCAGCAACGCAAGUCAGAACCAGAGCUGCCAGAUUCACCAUCAUUAACGGGACUCUCUACAAACGAGACUUCAUGCUACCACUACUCAAGUGUAUUUCCAAGGAAGAACAUGAUUAUGUCCUUCGCGAGAUUCAUGAAGGAAUCUGUGGCAAACACUCGGGAGUAAUAGUAUUGGCACAUAAAGCAAUCAGGGCCGGUUUCUACUGGCCGAAUAUGACUCGGGACUCAGUGGAUAUAGUAGGACCACUACCUCGUGGAAAGGGGGGUGUUCGGUUCGCGGUUGUAGCAGUGGAUUAUUUCACAAAAUGGGCAGAAGUAGAGGCCCUAGUGAAUAUUACAGCCAAAAGCAUUGAACGGUUCUUGUGGAAGAACGUCGUAUGCCGCUGUGGUAUUCCACAUGCUUUUAUAACUGCUAAUAGAAAGCAAUUUGACUACGAGUCAUUCCGAGAAUGGUGUGCAAAACUUCAUAUAAGAAACUACUACUCCUCCCCAGCUCAUCCCCAGGCGAACGGGCAAGUAGAAGCCACCAACAAGACAAUUUUAAAAAUUCUGAAGAAGAAACUCGGAGAUCGGAAGGAAGAUUGGGUAGAUGAUCUUCCAAAAGUUUUGUGGGCAUAUCGAACAACCAAAAGAGUACCUACUAAGGAAACCCCGGAUGCCUUGGCUUUCAAGACUGAGGCAGUCAUACCAGCCGAGAUAGGUUCGGGAAGUUACCGAGUCGAGUCCUUUCAUUCCGAGACGAAUGACGAAGGGCUCAAACUACACUUGGACCUGCUAUAA